AUAAUGAACUUAAAUCAGCAACCGAAGUUCUUGAUGAUUACAUUGAAUCUAUAUACAAUUUGGGUUCCGAGGUAGUUCAAAGCUUAACCGAAUUACACAUUCUAGACGAACAGCUAGAAAAGUUACGUGCAAUUUACAAAGAAUGUCAAGAAAAAUAUUUUGAAAUAUUAGAGGAAUCUGAUCAAAGUGACGAAGAAGAAAAAAUUGUUAGCUACUGGAAAGAUAAAACGGAG